UCGAUGGUCGUUUCUUCAAUGAAACUCGUCCUUCUAUUGUGUCACUCGUGGGUCAAGCGAAUUUUUUUAAGGAAUUACGAAUCAUGAAACGAUUUGUUCGGAUGACCGGAGCCUGCGAGAAAUAGAACGGGUAUAGAAACAGCCACAUUUCACAACGUGUCCCACAAUAAAUGCUGAUGCAGAUGCUGUUGCACCGCAACGAUAUCGCCCACCGCGGCGGGAGCAGAGUAUUUUGCUCAUCGACGAAGCUCCGCUUCUUCGCUAUAGUUCGUAUCCAGAAGAAGAUUCUCUCGAUCACUUCGAAAUUUGUGCAAAGUGAACUAAAUGCUCUUUAACUAACCAAACAUCUUCAUUGGUGAGUGACAACCAUAAUAGUUAUAUGGUCAAGGUUGUUUUGUGCGUUCAUUGUGGGUGAAUAUGAUAUUCUAUGGAAGAAACACAGAUUUCCGCAGCUACAGAUCGACUCCUCGUUCUGUUGCGAUAUUUGCUUAAAUAAAUACUACAAUCGGUGGCUUCAAUAAUCGCAUGCGGAAAAACGUGAAUAACUUGUGUUCUGGAAUUUUGACUCGAACUCCGAUGCAAUACCGUUAUGACAGAUGACGAGACAGCAGCUGCCGAUUCGACUGACGAAUCGGAACCCAGUGGGUCAAAAGUUAGUGCAGCGAAAGUAUCUGGAGAGGCCUGCAAAACAACCUGCAAGGCUCGUAAAGACCUUCCGUUGAAGGUUCAAGUGGAAGUGCUAACGAAGUUGAUGGCUGGAGCAAAACAAAGCCAACUUGCCAUCGAAUUCAAUGUCUCGCAGAGCCAGAUCUCGCGGAUCAAAUCAAGCCAAGAACGGAUUCUUUGUCAGUUUCUAAACAAUGGCAAUCUGAAUAGGCGAAGAGCUCGUGUUGGUCCUCAAAAAGAGCUUGAGGAAGAGUUGCUUAAGUGGUAUCAAGACGAAGUUAGCAAAGGAACAGCAUUCAAUGGCGUAAUGAUUACUAGCCGCGCCAAUCAACUCGCGAAAGAGCUAGGUUUAUUCGAUUGGAAAGCUUCAAAGGGUUGGUUCUAUAGGUGGCGACUACGAAACAAUGUUUUGUUACGAAGCUCUCUUACGUCCGCUUUAGAACCUGUUGAAACAGAAACCAACGCGGCGUCAUCUGCUCUCGCCGAAUUCAGGAAGGUCUUAGCAAAUUAUGCACACGAUAACGUAUAUGUGAUGGACGAAGCCACGCUUCUUUAUCGUACACCACCAAGUAAAGAAAGACAACUCUUUGUUGAUCCGCAUGAACGAGUAGCAAUUCUAUUUUGUGCCAAUCGAUCCGGGUCUGCACUAAUGCCACCUGUACUUAUUGGGCGAACAGCAGAACCUGCAUGUCUCAAAGGCGUGAAGAAAUACCCCGUUCUGUACACAAACUCGCCUGGAGCAAUGAUGACAUCAAACAUAUUCCACGGAUGGCUACAACAAAUAGAUUCCGAUUGCGCAAAAAGCAACAAGAAGAUUGCUCUCGUCGCCAAUGACAUUCCGGCCCAUAGAGUGCCUCAUCUGAUCCUUAAGAAUAUUCGUCUGAUAUACCUGCCGUAUCAGAUCCGUCCACUGGAAAGCCUUGUAGCUAAAUUCAAGCUUCGCUAUCGAGAACACCUGGUUCGAGAGCUAGCAGUACUGUGUGAUUACUCUCUCCAAAGGGUUCAGCAGGCAUCGACUAUCUCAUUACUAAGAUGUAUGCAUUUUGUCAAGUUGGCGUGGAAUCAACUGACUACCGAGGAUGUUUCUUCCUGCAUUGAAUCUAUCAUAAGGACAGUGCUCGGAGUGAAUUUCGAACCUGAGAAUAAUGAUUUGGACACACCUCUGCCGACCAACGACGUGGGUCCGUUGCCAUUCGACCUAGAACCCUCAGACCUACGAGUACUCGAGCAAUUAGAGAAACAGAUGGAGAUAAAACUUGACAAUGAAGCCCUAUUAGCUGUUGAAGAGAACGAUUUUUUCGACGAGCAAUUUAUGGGACUCAAACUCGCUCCGCCCAAAAAGCGCGAAAUACAUGCCGCUCUUGAGGUACUGCGCCGUUUCUAUGAUCUGAACGGCUAUGACCCUGCUCCAUUAUAUGGUAUAGAUGAAACACUGCAACAGCACAUCGCGCAGCACGGCCUUCUACCCUUGCCGGGCCCAGGUGCACCUAGCCAACAAGCUCAAACGACAUGUCUGAUCACUCAAUCUAAUGCUGGUUCUUCAGGACCUCCAGUAGCAGGAACUGGUACAACCGUUGUACCUCAUCCGGGAGCCAGUUUGAGUCAUCCCGCUCAUGCGCUCGGCUUGGGUGCUCAUCCUCAACUAUUGGCCGUUAGACCCUCUACGUCCGCAGCGAUUCCGCUGGACGAUAUCCAUAUGCAACAGUCUGCCCACCCGUCACAUCAGCAUCUAACACAAUCGCAUAUUAUUCAACUGGGAUAGUUUAAACGAUAAAAAGCCGUUUUCUCGCAAACUGUGUAAUACACAACUUUGUACAAUAAAGUAAAAAAACAAUUUAAGGUUUCAAUUAAGCCUACAUGGGCUGCGUUUAAGAGCUUUUAGCAUGUUUGAUGGAAAAACUGUAGGGAAACCUAAUUGAGGCCGGUUAUAGUAGCGGUUUUAUACUACAGUCAUGAAAUGAAGCCAUUUGCAAACAGACUUCGAAUUAUGUCUAGAUGGCUCCUUCUGUGACUAUGCGAUCUUAUAUUUUCAUUUACUUUAAAUAAAAAAUCUAAAAAUGUCAGGCGAAUCCUUAGAACAGUCACUUUUCUUUUCUACAUGAGACAAGAGCUUUAAUAUCUAAAAUUACUGAAAUAUUUACAGGUAACUAACCUUGCUUUGACUUUGUUCGUUACCUGAUUUGAUUCAUUUGACUUGGUUAUUAUUAUUAUUAUUUUCAUAACUAUUUAUCUUAUUCAGGAGCCUACAAAAAGCCUAAAACAAACUUCUCAAAGUUUCCGAUAAUGUCAUAGGGUGUGAGUGGAAAAUACUGUGUGAUGUAUUUUCUUGAAAUUGCCCUAUUUUUUAUAUAGCUAGGGUAACUUAGUACCAGUUCCAUGUAAAGGAGCAGGUACACCGAGCCCUAGCAUUUUCUUUUUACAUACAAAUAUAUGUAUACAAAAAACACAGUUAAUUUCAAUAUAUUUCUUUAUUUGACUCAAUAUAAGCUGCCAGUUUGAUAUGUUUAACAGGUACCAUGUAUCUAGUACAUAUCUUAUUACAUAGUUUGCAUAGAAACGUGAGUACUUACCACUAACCUACAGAGGAGUGCGAAAGUUUUUUAAACAAUUUCUUUGAAAAUGUAGUUCUCCUUGCUCUUGCCCAAAUGUUUCAUUUAUUUCCGAUCAUAUUAUCUCGUGAAAGAUAUGACUAAGCCGUUGAAAUACUAAGCGCAGUUAGAAUAUAUAACUUCAAUUUGCAUGUAACCGUUUUUAAAUUUUAAAGUAAAUUACAUAUGUGUAACUUUUCCUUCCAUGUCAAUUUACAACAUCUUAAACACUUGAUUGCUUAUCCUCAUGCCAAAAUUACAACGUGUCAUAAGACUUGAAAUCUUUUACUUAAUUUUCUCUGGCGAAACAUUAUCUACAAAUAUCCUGAAAAUACUAUCCUCCGUUUCAAACUAAUUUUCUCCAUACCUGAAACUGUCUUCGCAUUUCCUCUAUACUUGCCAUAAAAAAAAAGUUAUUCGCUUCAAAAGUUGAUCCUUGUGCAUUCACUAUUCUUAAUUACACACUGAAAAUGUAAUAAAGGUUAUAACCCGUUAAAUAGUGUAUACAUUUUGGACAUUUAAUAAACACAUCUAUUACUAUUUUUAAUUAUCGUGUUCGAGAGCUAGAAGAAACGUCCGUCGGGAAAAACGACCUAUUUCGAAGAACCCAGAACAUUUGAUUUACCCAAUGCAUCUAGAGCGAUACCACAAGCUUUAAGACUAUGGAUCAUCUAUAGUUUUCUUACAUCUCAGCAAAUAUAUUUCGUAUCUUCUAAUCGUGCCACGAGACAAUUUCAAUUUAUAAAGCCAUCUUGCAAAACUAUACAUAUAACUCUUAUAAUUUAUUUUCGCUAUCUUGUUUAAAAUAUGAUCUCUAUGCGUAAAUGUUUGGGAAUAAAGUAAACGCAUGUCAUGCCGACACAAAGCGUUUCGAAGAACCCAAUCUAAAUUUACUUCACUUUGCGUUCCCAGGAUAACCCUCGUAAGGGACCACGAGCUCCAACAUCGUAAAACAAUAGCUUUUAGCCAUGCGUAAGCAUUUAGUAGUAAAAUAUUUGAGCCGAAAAUUGACUAGAUUUCUUUUACUCUUGGUUGGAAAUGCCGAUACAUUACAAAACAUUGACCAAAUGACCCAGGCCAAUAAACGUAUGUUACACGUGUUGCAAAAAUGCAGGGUUCAACUGAGGAAAAAACUAAGUGUUAAAAAAGUUCUAAACCUACAACUUUUUACCCUGCAAAUGAUAACAUCGAAACUGCUGUUAAUCGACAGACCUCUAAAAUAAAAGAGGAAUAGAUAAUACAGGUCAUUAUAUUACAUUAGUAUAUUAUCAUAUUAUAAAUCUAACUAACCAAUGCAUCAAAUCAAAUAAAUACACUUUAUUUAUAAUGAAUGAACUGUCUGCACAGUCAAUUUUGCUCACCAAAAUAAUGAAAUGCCUACAUUAUAAGCUAGCAAACAAAAAAAAUCGAAUGCACGUAUUUAAUGCUCACAUGCUUUGCCUGGCUUACACGCCACACCACACUCACCAGCCUCUACGACAAAAUGGCUGUGAUGCCG